UCAGCUCUGUUUCUUUCCUGAAAUUAGAAUUGAUGCUAGUGAAGUAGGUAUUGAUAAUUAGCGCUUAUAUUUUUGGGAAGUGAGUAAAAAUUAUUCCUUUUAAUAUUUUUGUUUUUCUUUGACUAAUUUUGUAAUUUCAAGUCUGUGUUGCUCUGACCAUAAACAAGUAGCUUCUUAAUGUAUUUUUUACUUUAUAAUUGAAGCCUUAAACUACCUGGGCAACAACUUUAUUGAUUCUCAACAUCUACUGAGUUAAGUAGCAUGUGUCUGUACAGUAUGAGUUCUCUUUCCUUGUGCUGUCAGGAACUGAGUGCCUUAUUCUGAUAUCUGGGAGGAAUUGCAGUUUUAUGUAUGUGAAGGACACCACUUCAGGAGGGACCUUAAUAUGCACGUUCUGUUUUAAAUCUGAAUCAGAGCUCAUGGCCUGCUCUUUCUUACAGUAUUGUGACCUGAAAACUCAUUGCCCAUGUGGUACAGACUUAUAUAGAAGGGAAAAAAAAAAAAAAAACACAGACAAACCAAUGACUUUGGACUUGUUCAGUGCUCUGUAAAGCAAGGAGAUGGCACACCCCGUAAUGACCUGUUUGACAUUAAGUUUAUGUGUUAGGAGUAAAUGGUAUUUGAUUGUUACCACCCAUAUUUUUGUGUGUUCAAGUCUUGCCUGUUUGUGUGUGUGUGCUCAUCUGGUUUAGCUGAUCAGAACCUUUGUUUAGCCUGUGCUGAUAUUGCCUUUUGUGUGGAUAGAGGCAUUGAAAGGGAGUGUGUGCUGGGCCAAGACAUUGUGUUCCUUGCUUGACGCUAUCUGGUUUUGAAAAGUGUAACACACACUCAGGAUUCUGUAUAAAUAAUCCAUUACCAUAAUGACUGGCUGUCCCUCUUGAGGAAACUGAUCCGGUUAAGAGUGCACAAGUGAGAAUGUGCUGCAGUACCCAGGAGGGCAUGCUAAGGUUAGACAAGGAAGUCAUUUUAAUAAGAGUUCUGGGCUUUUAUUUGUGCUGAAAAAUUUUUUAACAUUUAUUUCUGUGUUCAUGUGUGUGUAUGAGUGUGUAUAUAUUGAUGUAUGUAUGUAUGUUGUGCAAGUAUGUGGCUUAUCAGAGGGACAACUUGAGAGUAAAUUCUCCUACCUUUCUGGUCAGUUUGGUGGCCAGAGGCUUUUCCUGCUGAGACAUCUUUUUGGCCCUUGUUUUGGAUUUUAUCUUUCUAGGGUUUAAUAACCUAAAAGGAAAAAAGCCUACAAAUACUCAUUUUCUACUUAUAUCAGCCUUGAUCAGAAUAUUAUAGGAAUUAAAUUAGUAUUUUGAGGUCUGUUCAGAAGAAUUUAGAUUUUUAAAGAAUAAUUGUAUGACUGUUUUGCCUACAUGUAUGUAUGUUCACCAUGGGCAUGCUUGAUGUCCAAGGAGUUCAGAAGAGGAUGUCAGUCCCCUGGAACUGGAAUUAUUGAUGAAGAUGAUGCAUCCCGUUGCCGGCAGUAACCCAGCGUUCUGCGGGCCUGGCAAGCCUUCCUGCCUCAGUGAAGAUGCCAUGAGAGCUGCUGACCAGUUUGAUCUGUACUCCUCCCAGCAAAGCAAAUACAGCCACGCGGUCAGCCACAAACCAAUGGCUUGUCAGAGGCAGGACCCGUUAAACGAGACACACUUGCAGCCUACCAGUGGCAGAAACAUAGAGAUAAAAGAUGAACUAAAGAAAAAGAAAAACCUCAAUCGAUCUGGUAAGCGAGGCCGGCCUUCAGGAACCACCAAGUCAGCAGGAUACCGGACCAGCACAGGCAGACCCCUGGGAACUACCAAAGCAGCUGGAUUUAAAACGAGUCCAGGCAGACCUUUGGGUACAACCAAAGCUGCAGGAUACAAAGUCAGCCCAGGGAGACCUCCAGGUAGCAUUAAAGCUCUGUCCCGUCUUGCAGAUCUUGGUUAUGGCUGUGGCACUGCUGCCUUUCCUUACCCUAUGAUGCAUAGUAGAGUGGUUCAUGGGCUUCAGGAAACGAGUGGUGAAGUCAAGCCGCCCAGUGAGUGAGUGAGUGAGGCAGGAGAGCAUGUGUUAGGAGCAGAUUGUUAGUCAUCCCAAAGCUUCUUGCUUUAAUUUGACCUGAUCUUACCACGUGGACUCCCCAUUUUGUUUCUGUUUGCUCUUCCUCACCCCGCACUUCUUUUUCUUUCUUUUUGGCUAAGAAGCAGCCACAGUUGAGAGAUGCACUUUGGGUAGGAGUAGUACAUUGUAUCUGUAUUGUACACGGUUCACAGGACACUCAGUCAUUUUUGCUUUCCCUUUGUGCUGUUCUAAGUGGACUCCUCGUGUGCUAAGCAGCUGCCCAAGUUAACUUUUAUUUGCAAGUAACCCAGUGUGAGGCAUUGUAACUGAAGGGCCAGAACAGCACUUAGUGAGCAGAUCGGAGGGGAUGGCUGUGUGAGUUUAGAACUCUGAAGUAAGACACAGCUGUCUGGAUGCUUUGGAACUUAAAACACACCUUCUUAUUUAUUGGUUCGCAUGACAUUAAUUGAUCAUUAUUCCUCAAGCAUUGUUUAGUAUCUGCCUUGCAGAGAUUAGUUACAGGGUAUGUGAUUUUCAGUUGCCUAAAGCGUAUGCACCAAACACUACAAACAACUCAUACUUAAAACCCUUGAAUCCUUCGUAAACCUGUACAUUAUAUUUAAUAUACAAGAAAAAAAGAAUCCUUAAAAGUCUGCAUGUAACUAUAAUCAUUGUUUUGUCUUUCACAUACUUAGUGAUUUUCAAAGUAUUAUAUUUAAAAACAUUUAUUACUAUUGCUCAUUUAUUUAGAAUUUUUUUUUUUUUUUUUAGUUUUUCUCAGUAAUUGUUAUUACACUGCAUUAGUACUUAACUGCAUUUUCAGGUUUAUAUCUACCAAAGUACACAAAUUGAGUGGUUGGCUGCAAAAUUGGUCUAAGCAGUUUCCUGUCUGUCGAGACCCAAGUACCAAUAACUGUAACUCAGUAUGUACGAAACCUGUAAAAUGAGCGCUGCUGCUAGCAUAAAAAUGGCAUCGUAGCGCCAGGAUGACCGCUUCUUCCAAACGAAGUCUCCCUAGUGAGGCUUGCUUUAGGCACAGUGUAGAAAAGAGACAAAUUCUGGGCAUGUAGGUAUACUUAUUUAUUCUGAGUUUGUUUUAAGUAAACUAUUACGAACUUUAAAAUUGAAAAGUUUGCCCUGGCCGGGCGGUGGUGGCGCACGCCUUUAAUCCCAGCCCUUGGGAGGCAGAGACAGGUGGAUUUCUGAA